AUGCUUUUUUCCCUUCGCACUCAUUUUAAAGCCAAGCACAAUUCACGGACACAAGAUGUUUGCUUUCUUUCUGUUUUAUUUCGUUCUUCAUCCUAUCUUCCCCAUUUUUUAACGUUGUGUUUUUCUUUUCUUCGCUUGCUCCAGUUCAUUUAUUUUCUUUUUCACUUCUUUUCAUUUUUUCUUUUACAUAUUUCUUUGUGUUUUUCUUUCUUUCUUGACUUUGACACAUCUUAUUUCUUCUUUCUUUGUUCCAUCCAUUUUUCUUUUCUUCUUUCUGCAAAUAUAUCUUUAAUAUUUCCUUUCUUUCUUUCCUUCACCUUUCUCGAACGUUUUCCCACCUUCUUUAUUUCUCUUCUUUUUUUUUCUUUCCUUCUGCAUGAACAUUUUCUCUUCUUUCUUUCUUUUUCGAAUAUUUCUUCUCGAAUAUAUUUCCUUACUUUUUUCUUUCUUUCUUUCUUUCUUUCUUUCUUUCUUUCUUUCUUUCUUUCUUCUCAAAUAGUCUAUUCCUUCUUUUGUUUUGUUUUUUACAUAUUUCUCCUUUUUCUUUCUUUUUUGUUUCAUCCAUUUUUUCUUUCUUUUUCGUUCUUUCUUUCACUUCAUCUUUCUUUCUUUCUUUCUUACUCACUCUUUUUCGUUCUUUCUUUCUUUCCACAAAUAUAUCUCUUCUAUUUUCCUUUUCUCUUUCUUUCUUUCUACAAAUAUAUUUUUCAACUCUCUACUUCCUGUGUACUUUCUUUCCAUUUGUGUCUAUUCCGCCAGGCGACCAACACAGUUUGGAAAUGUGGAUCUAUCUAUCUGUCUAUCUAUCUAUCUAUCUAUCUAUCUAUCUAUCUAUCUCUACCGAUCCAGCUGCCCCCUUCUCACUUGACACAACCUUUGCGGCAACCCAUUUCACGGCCAACGAACAGUGAGCAGCUGUUGCCCUGA